AUGACCCUCAACUAUCACGCACACGGCAAAGAGAUUGAGUCGACGUAUCGAAGAGUCGGCGAUGAUUCGGAAGGCGAUAAAUGGUGAGAUUUUUCAAAUAUACUCUUAUCAUAUCUCAUCAAAAACGCGCUCUAUCGCAAUUUUCGCGGUCGUGGCCGAUUUUUACGCUUCUGCGAUUGCGAGUAGAGUGAAUUUAGUUGCAAACCACUGCGUUAUUUCGAAUUGUCGUUGUUUUUGCUCUAAAAAGAUCAAUGUUUCAAACAAUUUUCUGUUUUCAGGGUAAUCUAUGAGUACGAGGGCAACUCGAACACUUUGCGAGUCGGUGAAGAAGGAAGUAAGUGGAUUUUUUACACGGAACAUUCUAAAAUUGCUCGCUUUCCUUCAGAAGGCGGUCUCGACGAGUUCGCCGACAGUUUCAGCUCGGGAAAAUUGCAGUUUGGCGUGAUCGCCGUCCGGUUGAGCAGUGAUGUGUUCCCGAAGAUUGUGCUCGUUCAUUGGGUAAGCCGUUGAUUUUCUAUAAAAUUUUGAAAAAAAACGAGCUUUUUCCCUUCCUAAUGAGUUGAGAACCGCAACAAAUUGAUAAAAUGUUCUUAUUCUGCAGCAAGGAGAAGGCGUUCCGACGUUGCGUCUCGCGUCGACGACGUCGCACGCCGAGGAGUUCCGUCGAUUUCUGAAGACUGUGCACAUUGUGCUGCACGCCCGCUCCGAGAUUGACGUCGAGCCGGAGGCGAUCCGGAAAGAGGUGCGGAAGCUGCCGGCGGCGAACGCGAACGCGAACGUCGAGUCGACGUACAGCCUGCCGGAGAAGGUGAACUCGGUGUAUCAGCCGACGAAGCCGCACAUGGAACUCAGUUCGGCGGCCCGCGAGAACUUUUGGACCGAAGCCAAUCAGCAGGAGAAAAGGUAGAGCAAAGGGGCAAUCGAAAUAUUUACAAAUUAUGUAAACUUUUAGAAGACAGGCGGAGGAAAAGGCAGCCGGCGAAGCGCAGCAAAAGCAGUACGAGGCGGAUCGGGCGAGGACGGCGGCCGAAUUGCACACGCAGGCAGACAACUACCAGCCGGAGACGGUCAACUCGGUGUACAAGCCGACGAAACCGCACGUCGAACUGAAGACGUCCGCUCGCGAAGAGUUCUGGAGCAAGAUGAACGAGGAGGAGAAGAAGUGAGUUGGCGAAAGAAGGCAUUCAACAGAAAACGAUCGUGUUUCAGACGUCAAGAAGAGGAGCGGCUGGCUCACGAGCAGCAGCAGAAGGAAUUCGAGGCGGAUCGGCAGCGCGUGGCGGCCGAGAUUCACACGCAGGCCGAGAAUUACAAGCCGGAGCGGGUGACGUCGGUGUACAAACCGACGAAGCCGCACGUGGAGAUCAGCUCGUCGGCGCGCGAAGAGUUCUGGAACAAGAUGAACGAGGAGGAGAAGCGGCGGCAGGCGGAGGAGAAGAAGGCGCACGAGGAAAAGCAGAAGGAGUUCGAGUCGGAUCGGAAGCGCAUCGCCGACGAUUUGCACGCGAAGAUGCAGUUGCAGGAACGGACGGAACCCUCUCCCGCUUCUUCUUCUUCUUCUACUUCUUCUCCCUUUUCGCACUCUUCCACUUCAGUUGCCACGUCAUCUGGUCUCGUCGGCAGUCGAAAGGAAGUGUUCAGUGCGAAACCAUCGGAGCCACUGCUUCCGAAGCCCGUCGUCAAUGGGGGCGGAGUCAAAAAGUGGCCGCCGGUGGCCACGAACAAGGACCAGGAGCCGAAGAGUGAACCGGUGAAUCGAGUGGAGCAGCAGCCGGAUGAGCCGAUGGCCUAUAAGCCCGAGCCGAUGAGUAGGAGCAGUUUCCAGGUUGAAAAUUAUAUAUUUUUGAGUUUCAGAGCCUGCCGUUCCCAGCUACGAUGCGUACGAGGAGCCGCCAGCCGAGCCGGCGCCACCAGCGAUCAUUCCCACUCCCCCAAAAUCCGCAUACACGGUGCCACCGCCUCCGGAGCCCACUCCGGCCUACAUCGCCUCGCAGUACGACGCGCCGCCCGUCUACGAACCAUUCGAGCCGACGGCUCCACCACCGGCGCCCGCUCCCGCUCACUACGCAUCGCAGUACGAUGCUCCGCCGGAGCCGCAUGAGAAGCAGGACAAGGAGUCGUUUGUGGGGCGUGGAGGAGGAAGAGGAGGGCACGAGAUUCCGGCUCACAUUGCGUCGCAGUACGACAUGCCGCCAGUUAUGCCCGAGGAACCGGGUCAGUGAGGGAAACCAUCAUCCGAUGGGACCAUAAACUUGAUAGUCUCAGUUUGGAGUGGCCACCGUGAAAGUUUAAACCAGAUUGGAACAUGCGAUCUGGAGAUAUGACAUUUUUCAGGGCUUUUCCGCUUUAUAAUCCAGAUCAGAUGAUCCGAUCGGAGAGUCCUGCCAUAGAAUGACAGAAUAUCGCAAAAAGGGCCAAAAAACAAUCCAUGGAACCUUCCGAACUCUUUUCUUUUUAGUCUUCUCCGCUCCGACCCCCACGAAAACCGCCGCUGCUCCGCCGGCCGCCCCGCCCAUCGAUCAGUACGAUUUCCCGCCGGCUCUGGCCGAACAACGGGCUCAGGCCCUCUGGGACUAUCAGGCGGCCGACGAUACCGAGAUUUCGUUCGAUCCCGACGACAUCAUCACCGACAUUGAUCAGGUGAGCAAGUGCGCUCCACUCAUAAUUUGCUGAUUUUGGUUUUCAGGUGGACAGUGGAUGGUGGAAAGGACGUGCGCCGAACGGAAGAGUCGGACUGUUCCCGGCCAAUUAUGUGAAGUUGCUCUGA